UGGGCAGUCGAGUGAGAGAAACCAAGAGAAGUCAAAGCAGUGGAGGCGUUAUAGAUCUACUGCGUAGGCGUGAGACCUUGUUCGGCCUCACGUUGAAUGAGUGUGUGGGUGUGGCCAACAGCUUGUGAGGAAAGUAUCGCCUAGGCAAGUGGCCCAUGGACACUGGAGGAGGUGGCGGAGGCGGGAGGGCAGCAACUGGCGGGGUGGAUGGAGGGCUUGUGUCAGACGAACGACCGGGUGGGACCCGGCAAGAGUUUGCGAGCAACGGGCAGCCCGCCGGGGUUGCGGAAGCCUCCGAGAAGCACCGCGCCCCCGACGGUCGCCUCGUCGAGAUCCGAAACGUGUGGGCGGACAACCUCGAGACCGAGAUGGUGAUCAUCCGCGAACUUGUGCAGGACUACCCCUACGUGGCCAUGGACACCGAGUUCCCGGGCGUGGUGGCAAGGCCCGUUGGAGACUUCAACCAGCCGGACUUCCAGUACCAGACACUCAGGUGCAACGUGGACAUGCUCAAGAUGAUCCAGCUUGGGCUGUCCUUCGCCAACGAAAAGGGAGAGCUGCCCGAGGAUGGCUGCUGCACGUGGCAGUUCAACUUUGCCUUCAACUUGAGCGAGGACAUGUACGCGCAUGAUUCCAUCGAACUGUUGAAGAACUCCGGGAUCGACUUUCAGGGGCACGAGCGCAGGGGGAUCGACCUGCAGGACUUCGGGGAGCUUUUGAUGACGUCCGGCCUAGUGCUUCUGCCCAAUGUAACCUGGCUCAGCUUCCACUCGGGAUACGACUUUGGCUACCUCAUCAAGCUCCUCACUUGCAGCAAUCUUCCCACACAGGAGAGUGAUUUCUUCGACCUUUUGCAGCUGUACUUCCCCAAGAUCUACGACAUCAAGUACCUGGUGUCGAGCCAAGACGGCUUUCACGGGGGGCUCAACAAGCUGGCAGACGACCUCAAGGUGGAGAGGAUCGGGCCCAUGCACCAGGCAGGGAGCGACAGUCUUCUCACCGAACAGGUCUUCCUCAAGGUGGCGGACGUGUACUUCAACGGCGUGGCCAACCUGGAUUUAGGGAAGUCUCGCGGAAAAUUCGCCGGGCAGCUGUACGGCUAUGGCGGCAACCAGACGGGCAUUUACAGGCCAGGAAGCAACAACAACAACGCCAACAACGCCAAGCAGAACAACAACAACGGGGGGGCGGGGGGCGCGGCGGCCGGCGGCACCCUGCCGGCGGCGGCGGCAACAGCGGCGGCGGAGGCGGCGGUGGCGGCGGCGGCAAACAGCGGCGCCACCGGGACCAGUGCCGGCGGCGGAGGAAACACCGCUACUGCUGCAGGGACGGCGGCAACAACCGCCGCUACGACGGGAGCAACAGGGGACAGUGCCACCGCCGCUGCCGCUGCCUCCGGUUCGUCGGGGGCGAGGGCGGCUUCGACGACGGCGGGGACCGGGGGGCGGGGGAACAUUGUCAACUCCUCCGCGGCGGCUUCGGCUAUGGCCAACCCGACGGCCUCGGGCAACCCUAACCCCGGGGAGGAUGACUCUACCUCGGGGGGUGGGGGAGGCGCCGGCGAUGGGGCCGCCGCGGGGGAGGGAGAGGGACCGGGGGCAUCAUGAUGGCAGGGUCGGGGCUUCGUGUUGAGUACGGGGGGACGUGCUGACUUUGCCGCCUUGGCCCUUCUAUUGCGGUCUUGUUGGUUGCGAGGAUGUAUGUCACGAAAGCGCCAUCGAUGCCUUCGGCGACACGCCUGCUCCCAAGGCUGGGAUGAUGCAACGAAGGCUUGACGUGGCAAAUGUUGAACAGCCGUGUCGGUGAGAUCACGUAUGAUCCACGGGAACCAUCGAUUUCGACGUUGGGUCGAUGUUUUCUUUAAGAGGAGGCUGAGAGACAGGUCGUCUAAUUUUACCGCAUUUGCACAAUGCCGUCAUCUUGUGGGCUAGGACCGAUUUGCCCUUCGCUUCGACACGCCAGGCUGCCAGCCGGGAAUCGGGUCGCCCGUGUAUGCAAAGUACGCCCGCUGAUAUUAGGGGAGGGUCUCACUAGAAAUAUGUGUAUCGUACGUGUUCUUUUUUUUCUUUUUAUUGUGAAAGUGAUUGGGUCGUUCGCUGUUUGUUCUGGGAUUCGCACUUGCAAGUUCUCUUGCUACCGUGGGGGGGGAGACGUGUUUGCCUCCGUUCUCCGUUGCCCAUUCGGUUCCUUGCGGAAGGGAGCACCCUGGUUUGUGCUGUUUUUAGUUCGGCGGGUAUUGGUACGUCUGGGAGCGUUAUUGUAGGGGCUUGCUGCUCAGGGGUGUAUUCGACGAACCAACAGGGAACAAGAAAAGACAGCGGGAAAGAGUCAGUCUGAAGGGACAGCGAUUUUCGGUUAUUGCUAUUCUGGAAAAGCACUUGUCGCUUGUCAUGUUUCCACGGGGAGCUGGUGGCCUCGGCAGACAGAGAGACGUUGAACAGCGAGAUGUUCAGGUGCCAAGUUUCCUAUCACGUGUAAGUCGUGACCCAAUUUCGCGUGCUGAUAACUUUCGGUGGAAAAUCAUUGUUUCAUGUUCG